CAGCACCGGAGGAACGCGGGUCCUCCAGAAUCCCAGCGGCCCCUGCAGCUGAGCAGCGCUGCGGAAUCGGUGGCGGAGCGGAUGGUGGAAGAGGAAUAUAAUCAGUGAUCAUGUGACAAAGGGAACGCUGUCCAUCUUGGGUCACAGGGAAGAAGAGCAAGGGCUUGUCAAGACUGAGAAGUUCAGGCGAAAAUUCAGCCUGGAUCCUGGAGUGGAUAUUGCUGUUACCCAACAGGCAGAAGCCUUCAGAAUGCUCAGAGGACUGUAACGAGAGUGGCGUGUUUUAAAGGGGUUUAAGUGAGCAAGGAAAUUGAGUGCCAAUGCAGCAACACAGGCAGCAGCCAGAACUAGUGGAAGGAAAUCUUCCCGUCUUUGUAUUCCCAACAGAACUGGUAUUUUAUGCAGAAGAUCAGUCAACGCACAAGCAGGUGUUGACACUUUACAAUCCUUAUGAGUUUGCAUUAAAAUUUAAAGUUCUGUGCACUGCCCCAAACAAAUAUGUUGUUGUUGAUGCUGCAGGUGCAGUGAAGCCUCAGUGCUGCGUUGACAUUGUUAUUCGCCAUAGAGAUGUACGGCCUUGUCAUUACGGUGUCAUAGACAAAUUCCGGCUGCAGGUUUCAGAACAAAGUCAGCGGAAAGCACUGGGUAAAAAGGAGGUGAUUUCUGUUCUCCUUCCAUCUACGAAAGAGCAAGAGCGAAAGGAGGAGGAAGACAAACACAUUAAGGAGCAUCUGGCUGAGGCAGUAUUUUUUGAACAGACUUCGUUCCAGCAGGAAUCCAGGACUGUUUCUUCGGGACCCAGCUUGCUUACCGUCUUCCUUGGAAUCAUCUGCAUUGCAGCAUUAAUGUUACCGACACUUGGAGAAGCGGAAUCCCUGGUGCCAUCUACCUUCCACUUAAGUGUCAAUCAGAAGUUAGUUGCUGCUUAUGUUUUAGGGCUUGUGACCAUGGUAAUACUGCGGACAUGAAUUGGGCCUGGCCCAGGUGAAGUGAAGGAGGAGCAGUGAAGACUGAAGCAAGUGUUCAUGCAGGUCACGGGCUGGUCCCAGGGGGCUACCUUUCCAUUGACAGAAUCGGAAGGCAGGCAGAUGGUGCGAUCACCUGUUCCGAGCUGCGUGGAUUUUUCCGUCUCUUGCAUAUUUUAAUAUUUACAGAUUUUGAGGCAAGCUUGUAACACUGCAGCCUCCUUGUCCCCAAACACCAUCAAUAAGCUUUGUUUGUUUUAAUUGCUCUGAAUAUGUUGGAUAAACAGUUUCACAUGUGCAUAGAACUUUUUAUUAAACAGAACAUCGUUUGUUACUUUUUACUCUGGCUGCAAAUCUGCUGUGUAUCAUGUAAUAACAUGGACUCUUAGUGAGGGUAGGCUUUAGUCCCUAAGCAAAACCAAUGAGUAUUCCUUACAGGCGCAGAUGUGGUUCUGCCAGAAGUUGGCUGUAUUGGUGAAGCACUAUGCUAAAUAUAAUCCAACUACCAAGCAUUUCAGUGGUGUGAAAUUGUACAUGUGGUUGUAACAAUGGAAACACUCAUGAAAUAUUAACUGCACUCCACUGAUUCUGAUGCCACUGUAUUUUCUGCAUUUUCAAUGUCCUUACAUCAAAUUUUAGUUAAGAUGGUUAUCAAACAGUCCCAAGUAGUUUCUUUGACUACAUUGUAAGACAUAGCUCAAUGGGUAGCUCUCUCCCCUCUGAGGCAGAAGCUCACGAGUUGAUAUCCUGUCUCAUUCUCCCCACUCAGUCUCACCUGACAUUCCCUGCGCCAAGAGCUCCACAUUGUUCAAGGGACCAUCUACGUUGUUGGAUAAACAGAUCCCAUGCCAUUAUUCCAUUAGACCAGAGUUCUCCCCAGUGUCCUGGUCUAUAUCUCAACCAGCCUCACUUAUUCAGUUCUUAGCACAUUGUGGGAGCUUUCUGUGUGCAAAUUGUUUGUGAAGUCUCCCCUGUUGCAUUACUUCGUUGGCAGCAGUUCCUCACCCAUUGCACAGUGAAUCAGGAAGAAGCAGAAUGUGUUGCAAUAUUUAGCUUGUUCACUUUAAGAUUGAUGUAAUGUGCAUUUACUGCAGAACCUGUGCAGGACUGACACACACACACACACACACACACACACACACACACACACAGAGUUGCCCUCACUGGGGGAAUAAGGACAAGUAGAUGGAAUGCAUGUUGGCUUUGGUCAUUGCACAAAGUGCCUUCUGCAAUGAAGCUUUGCAGUAGUACAUCUCUUGCAUAGACAACCCACUCCUCAGUGAGAUUACACUGAUGGUGGCAGUUAAAGACAUUCACAAUUACCCUGCAGCAUAAAAGCACCGAGCAGUCCUUCCAUUUGGAUGUUUUUAAUUAGCUGUCACUCCCGUCAAAGGGGGAGAAGAAGGUCAUGGGAAAGGAAGAGAAGUUGGGCAGAAGUCUGAUCCAUGGGCAUCCAGAAUCCCAAACAAACAUAUCUGAAUGCCAAAUUUCAAACAAUUCCAUCACCUUUCAUUGUAUAGCAAGCAGUUGUGAUGAGGCAAGAGAUAGUGAUGAUAAUGAAACUGUAUUUACUAAAGCAAGAAAGCUAAGUUAAUAAAUAAAAUUAAGAGCUUAGAACCUGCCUUAUCCUAUCCACUUGCCAACUGGUCCCCACAUUGGGUUUCUCCACUCUUCAGAAACUGGCACAUAACAGCUCUCUGUCUGAGUACUUUUACUUUUUAAUCAGGCUGCUCUGAAGGGAAUACUUCAAAACAAUGAUCAUAUUUAAAGAACCUGUUUAAAACAAUUUUCAGGUCUUCUGCAGAGACAUUACAUAAAAUCUUGAGUUGUUGAAUACGAGUUAAAUUGUGAUUUGAACUGUUACGAAUACAACCAACAGAAGAUGAGUACUAAAUGUCCAGAAAUAAAUUACAGGGUAAAUCAUAGCAUUUAGAUGCAGUGGCCUAUCCAGUGAUUCACACUGUGCAAACCUACAUUCUGCAGACUGUGGUUAUUUUUAAAAGACAGAACAGUAAUACACCUUGUAAAUGUUUACAUCAUGAUUUAUACAAUUUAUUUAAACAUUUUAAUAAAAUUAUUUUUGAGAACAGA